UUGAAAGUUACUGUUUAAAUGACACGAUUGUACUAGACUGGUUAUACUGCAUACUGUAUUUAAGACAAAUAGCUUAGCGUUUGACAGUUACUUUCCAUCUGUCGAACUGUACACAAUAUGAAGCCGAAAUCGCUGUGCUUAUCCGUCCUCAUAGUGGCGUUUCUUCUCGCUUCUGAAAUGCCAAGAGUCCAUGGAAUAUUUUUAUUACCUGUAGAGUUGUUAGGAGCUGCUGCAAAAGAACUCCAUUCUUUCGUAAGAGGUGUAGCUACUGGCGUUACCGAUGUUCUGCUACCUGAACGUGCCACAAUGCCACCGAUUCAAAUUGUGAUGCAAAAUCUACCAGUAGAGAAAGAUGGAAGGAAGAGUAGAGAAAUUCAAACGUAUGUGGAUGCAUAUAAUUUGAUGGAACCAGAUACCUCCGACGAAAAUAAGGAGACGGAAAGCUCAACAAAUGAAAUCGAAAAUGGGAAUAAUUCGCAGGAACCAGAUACAACCAACGAAGAUAAGGAGACGGAUAAUUCGGAGUCGGAGAAGAAUGGAAGUCAAAAUGGGAAUAAUUCGCUGGAAACAGAUAAUUCGCAGAAAACAGAUGUAACCGUUGAAGAAAAGGUGACAGAUAACUCGGCGGAAAAUAAUGGAAGCGGCAGUAAAGAAGGCGAAGAAUCAAUAGGAAAAAUAUUAAAUUUGGAUAAUUUUGUGAAAUCUCUUAUAAAGAACUUGAAAAAAUCUUCUUUCUUGGCUUGCCAAAUCAAUCAGAAAAUGGGAACAGCAACGGGCUACCUGAGAACAUCAAUAGGGUACCCGAAAACAUUGCGUGAGCAUUGA